AUGGUAAGUCCCGCUCCUCUCGUCGACACCAUUGCGCUCAACCAGGCUGACUUGCUGCUUCCUCCGCUAGCGGUGUGGAACAAAUACCCAAAUCCGCACGCUGAGCACGUCGUCUCGGUGGAUGUGAUUGACCAGAGCAUCGACCGCGAGUCGGGCCAGCUCCGCACCGAGCGCAUCAUCGGUGUGCGGCAAGGCGCGCCCGGUUGGGCGAAACGACUCAUCGGCGCAUCCGAAGACACGUACGUGCGCGAAGUGGUCAUGGUCAACCCAUUCACCAAAGCCGUGCAGAUGACCAGCACCAAUCUCUCGCUCUCGCAGUACAUGCUCGUCAAAGAGUACAUCACCUACACGCCGCACAUCGCCACCAAUCAGCAACUGCCCGUCACGCUCUUCAACCAGGUCGCAGACAUCAGCUGCACGGGCCUCACAGGCAUCCUCGCCGGUGCAGCGCGCAAGGUCGAGGAAUGGUCCUACACCCGCUUCCGCGACAACGCAGCAAAGGGUCGCAGCGGCCUCAUCAGCGUCCUAGAAGCCAUGUACGGCUCCCCCUCCAGCACACGGUGA